UGGACAGGGCCCCACAGAGACAGCACCGAGCCUCACAGGAGCUGCUGGCUGCAAAGAAGACCCACACCUGCGCAGCUACUGCCUCUAACUCACUUCAAGGCUGGCCUGAGGGAUGAUGGUUUAAGAAUGAUGGAAAUAAUAUUUUGGGGAAUGGCGGGCAAGCCAUGGUCUCCCUGCCCACUUCACAUCAACAGGCCCUACCUGUGACCAGCAUCCAGGCCAGGGACUGGAGCACAAAUUGAAGUGAUCCCUUGCAAAAUCUGUGGGGACAAGUCGUCUGGGAUCCACUACGGGGUUAUCACCUGUGAGGGGUGCAAGGGCUUCUUCCGCCGAAGCCAGCGCUGUAACGCAGCCUACUCCUGCACCCGUCAGCAGAACUGCCCCAUCGACCGCACCAGCCGAAACCGAUGCCAGCACUGCCGCCUGCAGAAAUGCCUGGCGCUGGGCAUGUCCCGAGAUGCUGUCAAGUUCGGCCGCAUGUCCAAGAAGCAGAGGGACAGCCUGCAUGCAGAAGUGCAGAAACAGCUGCAGCAGCGGCAACAGCAGCAACAGGAACCAGUGGUCAAGACCCCCCCAGCAGGGGCUCAAGGAGCAGAUACCCUCACCUACACAUUGGGGCUCCCAGAUGGGCAGCUGCCCCUGGGCUCCUCGCCUGACCUGCCUGAGGCUUCUGCCUGUCCCCCUGGCCUCCUGAGAGCCUCAGGCUCUGGGCCCUCCUAUUCCAACAACUUGGCCAAGGCAGGGCUCAAUGGGGCCUCAUGCCACCUUGAAUACAGCCCUGAGCGGGGCAAGGCUGAGGGCAGAGAGAGCUUCUAUAGCACAGGCAGCCAGCUGACCCCUGACCGAUGUGGACUUCGUUUUGAGGAACACAGGCAUCCUGGGCUUGGGGAACUGGGACAGGGCCCAGACAGCUACGGCAGCCCCAGUUUUCGCAGCACACCGGAGGCACCCUAUGCCUCCCUGACAGAGAUAGAGCACCUCGUGCAGAGCGUCUGCAAGUCCUACCGGGAGACGUGCCAGCUGCGGCUGGAGGACCUGCUGCGGCAGCGCUCCAACAUCUUCUCCCGGGAGGAAGUGACUGGCUACCAGAGGAAGUUUAUUAGGUGGGGCUCCAGGGCUCAGGACGAUCACGGGGCCACACAGAGCGUACAGCAGGACCCUCCUCCCUCCCUGCAGUCCAUGUGGGAGAUGUGGGAACGCUGUGCCCACCACCUCACCGAGGCCAUUCAGUACGUGGUGGAGUUCGCCAAGAGGCUCUCAGGCUUUAUGGAGCUCUGCCAGAAUGACCAGAUUGUGCUCCUCAAAGCAGGAGCAAUGGAAGUGGUGCUGGUUAGGAUGUGCCGGGCCUACAAUGCUGACAACCGCACGGUCUUUUUCGAAGGCAAAUAUGGUGGCAUGGAGCUGUUCCGAGCCUUGGGCUGCAGCGAGCUCAUCAGCUCCAUCUUUGACUUCUCCCACUCCCUCAGUGCCUUGUACUUUUCCGAGGAUGAGAUUGCCCUCUACACAGCCCUUGUUCUCAUCAAUGCCAACCGGCCAGGGCUCCAAGAGAAAAGGAAAGUAGAACAGCUGCAGUACAAUCUGGAGCUGGCAUUUCAUCAUCAUCUCUGCAAAACUCAUCGCCAAAGCAUCCUGGCAAAGCUGCCACCCAAGGGGAAGCUUCGGAGCCUGUGUAGCCAGCACAUGGAAAGGCUGCAGAUCUUCCAGCACCUCCACCCCAUCGUGGUCCAAGCCGCUUUCCCUCCACUCUACAAGGAGCUCUUCAGCACUGAAACCGAGUCACCUGUGGGGCUGUCCAAGUGACCUGGAAGAGGGACUCCUUACCUCUCCCUAUGACCUGCUGGCCCACCUCCCUGGACCCCGUUCCACCCUCGGCCUUUUCCUUUCCCAUGAACCCUGGAGGGUGGUCCCCACCAGCUCUUUGGGAGUGAGCAGAUGGCUUUCUGUCCGCAGGCUGGCCUGGCAGUGGGACAAUCGCCAGAGGGUGGGGCUGGCAGAACGCCAUCUCCAGCCUCAGCUUUGACCUGUCUCAUUUCCCAUAUUCCUUCACACCCAGCUUCUGGAAGGCAUGCGGUAGCUGGGAUAUAAGGACUUCUGGGGGACCAAGCCAUCCUCAAGAAAACAGGGGCAUCCAGGGCUCCCUGGAUGAAUAGAAUGCAAUUCAUUCAGAAGCUCGGAAGCUAAGAAUAAGCCUUUGAAAUACCUCAUUGCAUUUCCCUUUGGGCUUCGGCUGAGGGAGAUGGAUCAAGCUCAGAGACUGGCAGUGAGAGCCCAGAAGGACCCGUAUAAAAUGAAUCUGGAGCUUUACAUUCUCUGCCUCUACCUUCCUCCCAGCUCAACAAGGAAGCGUUUGGGCACCCUACCCUUUUCCUGGGGUCUAACCAAAAAUGGAUGGGAUGAGGAUGAGAGGCUGGAGAUAAUUGUUUUAUGGGAUUUGGGUGUGGGACUAGGGUACAAUGAAGGCCAAGAGCAUCUCAGAUAUAGAGUUAAAACUCAAACCUCUUAUGUGCACUUUAAAAAUACACCUUAGGGGCUGGCACAAAUCUGAUUAGAGACACAUAUCCAUAACGCAGGGGAAACACACACAGACUCAACAGCCGCCGUGCAGUUCCAGAGACACAGGAACCUGACACAAUCUCUCUCAUCCGUGAGGCCACAGCUUGGAGGAGCCUAGUGGCCUCAGGGAAAAGUCCCAAUCCUGAGGGACCCCCCAGAGAUUUCCAUGGUGCUCCGGUCCACUGAUCUUGGGCCUGGGGUGAUCCAAACACCACCCCAGCUCCAGCUGUCUUCUACCACUAGAAGCGCCAAGAGAAGCAGAGGUGGCUGGCACUGGUCAGUCGGAAGGCACGAUCAGACCCUGGAGGACUUUCCUGGCCUGCCUGCUAGCCCUGCUCUUGUUGUGGAGAAGGAAGCAGAUGCGAUUGCAUCACCCCGUCAUUGGGCACCGCUGACUCCAACAUGGAGGACACCAGGGAGCAGGGCCUGGGCCUGUUUCCCUAGCUGUGAUCUUGCCCAGAACCUCUCUUGGCUUCAUAAACAGCUGUGAACCCUCCCCUGAGGGAUUAACAGCAAUGAUGGGCAGUUGGGGGGUUGGGGGUGGAUUGUGUCCUCUAAGGGGACAGGUUCAUCUGAGUAAACAUAAACCCCAACUUGUGCCAUUCUUUAUAAAAUGAUUUUAAAGGCAA